GCCGUAUGUCCUGCUCGACAGACGAGGGCACUAUUCUCCUACACAUAUUGUAUCCAUUUAUUUGUCUUUCAACAUGCGGAUCAUAUCCAGCCUGUGCCUUCUGUCUGCGGCUUUAGUACCCUAUGGAAAUUGUUUAAGCCAGCCGCAGGACUGCUGUAAUAAGCUCUAUGAGACUCUGCCGUCUCUCGUCCACUUUCCUUCUUCUCCCGACUAUCAGGACCGCCAUUCCACAUAUUACUCCCUCCACCAACGGGAGCUCUUCCCAGCCUGCACGGUAAAGCCUACAUCCACUGAGGAUGUCUCUCAGAUUCUUCAACUUGCAGAAACAAGUCAGUGUCGGUUUGCGGUUGCUUCUGGUGGACAUAUGACAUGGAAGGGCGCAUCCAAUAUUGACGAUGGGUUUGUCGUCGACCUCCGGGGACUAAACAAGAUUGAAAUUUUGCCCAGCGAACAUACCGCAAAGCUUGGCCCUGGCUCAACUUGGCAGACUGUUUACAAGGAAAUGGAGCCUUAUAACCUGACAGUUGCUGGAGCGCGGAUCAGUGGGGUUGGUGUUGGUGGUUUUCUUGCAGGAGGGGGAUUCGCAUUCAAGUCCCAAGCUGUCGGGUUUGGGUCAAACACCGUGCUCAACUACGAGGUUGUUCUGGCAAACGGGACCGUCGUUAAUGCUAAUAAGCAAUCCCAUCCGGAUUUCUUUUGGGCGCUCAAAGUCGCGGGCUCGAACUAUGGCAUUAUCACCAGGUUCGACAUGCGCACUUACCACUCUCCCGCUAUAUGGGGCGCGGUCAACAUAUACCCAUUUACCGAUCAGGUCGUGACCGAAGCGUUUUCCGACUAUCAGGCAUAUUCCCAUGACAGCAGUAACACGAAUAUCUCCAAGGCGGUUGUUCUGGCGCAUCAGGGUCGCCAGAAAGUGCUCCUUACAUGCAUUAGCAGUGACGAUGGCACUCCAGUAGACCCUGUUACCAAUGCUGAGCCCUUGCAGCAUCUAGAGAAGACCGGCAGCACGCAUGAUGUGGUGAAAGAUGUGAUUGCAGCAGUUGUCCCCGGUGAAACCCGUGGAGCCUGGGUCCCUUUUACCACGAAGGCCACCACGAAUAUUGCUUUAGAUAUGUUUGGACUGGUCGACAAGGUCUACGGGUCACUUUUGGAUAAGGAGGGUGUCUCUGUGUGUGUUAACUCGCAGGCGUUUCAAAGGAACUUUAUCGAAGCGACUCGUUAUAGCCCAGUAUACAAUGGUCUGCGCCAGAGCAGCGAGGAUUUGACAUUAAACCUUAUAAUGGCCACAUGGACCGAUCCGGCACACGACGAUGCCAUGAAACGUGCCACAGACAAACUGGGUAAACUGGCCGCAAAGGAGGCUCGUAAGCGCGGCGUCUGGACCGAUUUUGUCUAUUUGAACUACGCAAAUAAGGACCAAGACGUGUACCAGCAGUCGCUUACUCCUGAAGACGUGACUAGGAUGAUGGGUGUGAGAGAUGCGUAUAAUCCGAAGCGCAGUCUAGAAACGCUGUGGCGUGGAGGGUAUAAACUGCCAGCACGCCAACAGUCCUGGUUUAGGGCAAGUGACGAACUUUGAGGGGCUGACAUUGUAUGUUAACAAAAGAUGUGUCAAGAGUAGUGUUGUUGCAUUGUUUCUCGAUUUCUAUCCCUAACACCUGAAUAUAAUCAACUUCAAC